AUGUUUGCAUCUUUGAUCCUUGGAGCAGGCUUGUUGGGCUUUUUCAGGGCACUUUUGGAUGGAGUCUUCAUGAAGCUUGGCUCCGCUGUGCGGCAAACUUUGAAAACAGGUGUCCGUGCAGAGGAACUUCACAACUUACUUGAGCUGGAGGUGGUGAUUGAAGUGCCAGUGUCCUUGAUCAUGACUACUUACGGCCUUCCUGAGGUGUCACAUCGCCCUGCCAGUGCUUUCAUGGCCCUGCUCAGCAUUGUUUUAUCGCUCACACGACAGGCGAAGUGGUUGUACGAAGAGUUCGAUGUGUGUGGAGGUAUGGACGUGUAUCAGACCGAGAAGACCCCCAAGCAUCAAAUGAAUGCUCCAACGCCAGAGUUCUUUCCAAAGCCUUGA